AACGUGGUUGGUGUCAGAGUGACUGGUUCACUCUAUCAAGAGUCUCAAAGCGGGGAGGCGAGUCUCGGAGGUGGGCUCUUUUUAAAAGAGAAAACACACUUUAUUUAUUUUGUUUUCCUACACCUUCGGGAAACAGUGGAAAUGUUCAACAGCAUGUUGAGGGACUUCGACGAGGAUCCGUUCUUUUCGGAUCCAUUCCGUGCUCAUAGGGAGCAUAUGAGGCAGAUGAUGCGCAGCUUCUCCGAACCAUUUGGCGCACCCUUAAUGCCCAGCGUCACAGAUGGGAGAGGCCGUGGACGUGACGUGGCAGAACAUCCAAGAUCGUCCGUCGCGCUAAGAAACGAGCACCGGGACGAGAUGCAGAACUCUUUCAGCAUGUUCGACAACAUGAUGACCAACGUGAGAAACAGGAUGGAAGAAAUGAACAGAAACUUUGAGAAUGUGCCAGCAGAUUCAAACUCCCACUCGUUCAGCUCUUCGUCGGUGAUGACAUAUUCAAAAGCUGCCAAUGAACCUCCGAAGGUCUUCCAGGCGACUUCGUUGACCCGCUGUGCCCCUGGAGGAAUUAAGGAGACAUGCCAAGCCAUUAAAGACUCUGAGAGUGGGUUGGAGAAGAUGAAGAUAGGACAUCACAUCAAGGACAGAGGGCAUGUUGUUGAGAAGAAACGCAACAAGAAAACUGGAGAGAAAGAGUUCAACCAGGACUUUCAGAAUAUGGAUGAAUCUGAAGCACAGUCUUUUGAUGAUGAAUGGCAGCAGGAGGUGUCCAAGUUUCAAUCAUCAGCCCCCAUGUCUAACCUAAUGCAGCCUCACCUCUGUGCAGCCCUCCCUGGUCCAGAACAACCCCAUAGAAAUCAACGAAAGAGCAAGUCCAGGGAAAAAGGCUCAGGCAAUACCAAGCAGUAGAGAUGUUGGUGCGUCUGCCUUUAUGUGGAGUUAAAAGUAUUUUAAACAUCUUUCCAUUCACAGUGGUCCCUGUCCCCUCCAGAAACACACACCACAUGAAACCGAGAAAGAAUCUAUUAAUAUUUAGACACAAAAUGUUAUUUUACAUCCUUGUUCCUGUGUGCACACACUGCCCCACAUGUUUUAGAUGAUUCCUUGUGCCAACACAUCUAGUUUAAACAGAUGGAUAAUUAUCAAGCAUCUAAAAGGCUUGCUGUCAUUCUGUAGAGGUAUUUCUUUCUUUCCAAUCAGGUCUUUAAAACACAGCAGUCUGAGGACCUGGCUUUUUAGAACCAUCUACAGCUCCACGUGAGCAUAGGAACACCAAAUAAUUUUAAUUCCUGUUUAGUUCCAAGUACAAGAGCAAAAUAAAUAAUCAGACAAUUAAUAGAUAGCAAAACAGUGGAUGUCUACCCUAGAGGCAUUACUUAGUUUUUUUACUAACAUUUCAUUCACAACACCUUGCUAUAGUAUUUCUUCCCUUUGAACCACUCAAGAUUUUGUCACAUUACAACCACAAACGUCUAUCAAUGAAACCAAAAUCUUGGGAUUUAAUGUGAUAGACCAGCACAAUGUACUGCAUAAGUGUGCCAUGCUUACAAAGUAAAAUCCUGUGCAACCAAUUGCUUUUUAAAAAUUACCUACUUGGUAAACUCCACCUGUGUGUAAUUUAAUCUCUGUAUGAAUUCAGCUGUUCUGUGAAGGCCUCAGAGCUUUGCUGGAGAACAUUAUAUAGACAGGAUCAUGAAGACCAAGGAACACAGCAGACAGGUCAGGGAGAAAGUUGUGGAGAGGUUUAAAGCAAUGCUAGGUCAUGAACAAUAUCCCAAGCUUUGAACAUCUCACAUGGCACUCUUUAAUCCAGCAUCUGAAAAUGGAAAGAGCAUGGCCAUAUAGGUAAACUUGCAGGUCAGGCAAGGAGAGAAUUACUCAGAGAAGCAGCCAAGAAGCACAUAAGAGGUCCCAUUUUACAGCUUGCCACAAGCAAACAAGGGACACAGGAGACCUGUGGAAGAAGAAGGUGCUCUGGUCAGAUGAGACUACAAUUGAGCUUUCUGGGCUAUAUGCAACAUGCUAUGCAUGGUGGAAAUCCAACACUGCACAUCACCAUGUACACAUCAUUCCCACCAUGAAACAUGGUGGUGAACGCAUCAUGCUGUGGGGAUACUUUCCAGAAAAUCUGAAAAAUCUAAUUUUUAUACAUUAUGUUCACAUUUAUAAAAAGAUCAAAUUUUCUCUGUUGUUAAACACCAAGUUACUAAUGUUAAAUAUAGCAAUGCGCUUAGAAUAUAUCUAGUCUUGUUUGUGUUUAGUGUCUACAUGUGUUUUAAAUGAUGUAAUCUUUGUACAAAGAAACCCACGUACCCUUUUCGUUUUAUAUUGUUUCCAUUUGUUGAGCUCUGCGCUGUGCUGAAAAGUCUAGACAACACAGGUUACUCUCAAUAAAUAAAACAUUCUUGUACGUUUUGUGCAAAAAGUGAGGUCUGUGUCAGUUCAGGAUGCCUGAAAAUAAAAUUAUGAAUUUAAUAUGA